CGUCAAACUCAUAUGUUUAUGUUAACCUCAAAAUCGCAUAAUGUCAUAAUCGAACCAAUCUAAAUAAUGAAAAAAUACCAUCAGCUUAUGUUAUUAAUUAUUUCUAUUGUGAGUUUGAGUUUGUUCCUGAUUUAUCGGCAUGAAUACAACCGCUUGCAUUAUGUAUUAGAAGUGUUUAACUUUUUCGGACAACCGUGCAACAUCUCUGACUUGCAACAAACCGAAAACAUAUUGAGUCACCACGAUUGGGGCCCUUCUCCCGUGUGGCAAGAGCAUGAAAGUGGUUAUAUUUAUUCCGCGUUUCUUACCCGACAAAACGAAGCCAAGGCUUUGACUUUACUCAGCGAUGAAAAACUGGUGCCUCGGAAUUGCUACUUCUGGUUUGAGGACAAGAAGAAGGCAAUUAUUGGGAAAUUCAAGUUUUCCAAAGUGAUGAGUGAUGAAAACGUCCGACUGAAUUUGUAUUUCUACAUUUGUGAGAUGAGCAACAGUGAACAUGUGCCAUAUGCUGUUUCGUUCAGUUACAAAACGCGGAAAGAUAGUGAGUUGAAGAAAAUAAUGUUGACGAAUUCGUUUAAUCAUCAAGUGCAUAUUAAUACCACUAUUUGUGUGUCGCCGUCGAUUUAUAGCAAGCGACGGCUCGUGGAAUUCAUUAGUUAUCAUAAAUUGAUUGGAAUUGAUUCGUUUAUUUUUUAUAACAGGGAUGUUCCACAUCGAUUGGUUAAAAUUAUCACUAAUCUUUCGACAAGGUUAGGUUUGCAAGCCACUUUCUUGCCGUGGAAUUUCCCGAAAGGCGACAGUCUGGUCACACGAUCAAUCGUCGAAAACGAUUGUCUUUUACGGACUUUUGGCCAAACUUUGUAUGCCGUCACUUUGGAAUUAAACGAGUAUAUUGUACCUUUGCGCAGCUACAGUUUUAAUAAUUUUUUGAAAAAUGUUGACAGCGAGUCGGGACGGAUGAGUCUACCUGUGCAAAAAUUCUGUAUUGAAAACACUGACACGGCAAAACCGAUUUCGAUGGUAAAUACUGACGUUUCAGAUGAUUUCAAUUAUAACAUAGUUCGAUAUGUUUACAAAAAUAAUCAAAGGAAGGAAGAUUUGUCCACUCAUGUCGUUGAUAAGGGGUAUGCGACUAUACACAAAUACGUGAGAUGUUCGUUUGAACCUUCCAAAACGCGCAAAGACAAGUCCAUUUUGAAAUUUUCUACUGAUCUCACGCGGGCCACACUUUUUCAGCUACUUUUGCACAAUCAGAUUUAAAAAUUGAGCGCUGAAAACUAUACUCGUUUUCAUAUUAAUGUGCAAGAGAUCAUUUUAAAGUGGCAACCAUGCGAAAAUUCAAACAAUCCCAACCCAAAUUAUUUUUUCAAAUAAAUGUAU